CAGAGAUCGUUGGUGAUCUCCGAAUCUCUAAUGCUGGGGGGGCGUUUAUGCCCUCACAAUAUCACCCAACUUCUCUUUUCUGGUCAUAGAUAUCCGUGCUUCUAAUCGAGAUCCCUUCCAGCGCUCCAAGUUAUACCAUCUUUCCGGCAGUUACUGGUGUUUCGGUCACUAUCGUUGUGGCAUGGGGAAACAAUUGACUGCUGAACAAGUGUCGCAGUACCAGAAAGCCUUUGCUUUACUUGAUAGAGACAAAGAUGGAAACAUCACGGUGAAGGACCUCUCCGGGGUUAUGCGAUCUUUUGGCCAGGAAUACACUCUCUUUGAGCUAGAAGAGGUAAUCAAGCAGAUUGGCGCAGGGAAGAAGGAGGGCGCUAUUCAAUUUUCGGAGUUCGCCAGAGUAAUGCAAAGUCGAGACGAUGAGGAAUCCGACUCUGACCUCAACCUGCGUGAAGCGUUUGUGAUCUUUGACCGUGAUGGCAACGGUUACAUUUCCGCAUCAUGCUUACGGCAAGUGAUGAAUUCAUUCGGUGUCCAGGUCACAGACAGUGAGGUAGACGAGAUGCUCCGUCGAGCGGAUCAUAAUGGUGACGGGAAGAUUGACUACGAAGACUUCUGUCGGCUUAUGAGACAAAAAUAGCACGUUUAGCGAAUCUUAGAAACUUAUUAUCGGUAAUAUCGAGAGGUUAUUACUUUCCGAUGUCUGCUUUCUCGUCCUUUCUUCCAGGAACUCUUCAACGUUGAUGAUCAACGCCGACUCGGCGAUCGCCCAUUUCUAAAAUACCGUGUCAAAGCCAAAUACCAAGACACUAUGCACUCGCCGCAUAAAUUCUAUCCUAUAAUACCAGAAAAUACCUUGUUUACUUAUAAGGCUCCCGUCCCGGAGGCUGGUGGU